GUUUCAGACUUUCUUCUCGGGGUCAUUUAGUGUUUUCUAAACCCUCCUCCCUCCAGUCUCUCUGACUGUGAGUCCCAGCAGCUCUCAGAUGUUUGAAGGACAGUCUGUCUCUCUGAGCUGUGAGGAGGACAACAGCUCUGCUGGAUGGACUCUGAGGAGGAACACGAGUGAUGAAACCAGAGCUGAGUGUUGAGAUGACUGGGGAAUAUAUUUUGGUUCUAUCUGUAUCAGCCACAUGGACCCAGUGGACAGUGGAGUGUACUGGUGUGAGUCCAGAGAGGCAGCAACCAGUAACAGCAUCACCAUCACUGUCACUGGUGGACCAGUGAUCCUGCAGAGUCCUGUCCUCCCUGUGAUGGAGGGAGAAGACCUCACUCUGACCUGUAGAACAAAGACGUCCUCCAGCCUCACAGCUGAUUUCUAUAAAGAUGGCUCCUUCAUCAGGACUGAGCCUGCAGGUCACAUGACCAUCCACCAUGUUUCCAGGUCUGAUGAAGGCUUCUACAAGUGCAACAUCAGCAGUGUUGGAGAGUCUCCAUCCAGCUGGGUCUCUAUCACAGAGAAACACACAGCCACAAGGUCUCCUAUGACCACAAGCCCUCCGUUGAGCUCUCUGCCACCGACCUCAGACCACAUCCCUCUUGUGAUCAGACUGGUUUGCCACCUGGUGGUGUUCUGUCCGUACUGCAUCUCCACUUUCAUCAUGGUGUCUUUAUAUCGACGCAGGGCCACAGGAAACGGCCUACCUGUCGCCAUGGUGAUGACCACCUGGCCCACCCAGGCUGAGGAGGGAUUGGAUGAUGACUAUGAGAAUGACAUCACCGCUGUCACCAGAGAGCAUCACUUCUGAACUGAUCUGAAAAGAAGCUGAAAUCUCCGUAGAUCAGAAACAGUUCCCCCGGCCGUCUUUAUAUAAUUAUGACUUAAACAUAUUCUAUAUGAAAUAAUUGCUUUAAAUUUGAAUUGCUCCUUUACUGCCAGCCACAACUAUCUCUGUAACCCUGAAUAUUUUAUAUUAUAACAAUAAAGCUUUUUUUUCUCUGUA